AUGGAUGGUUUGAAUAACUGGGAUCUUUUUCCUUUGCAGGAGGCUCUGGCAUCACCAAACACGAAGAUGAUUUCAUCCGUAGUCAUUUCACAGCUAAUUGACAAGAACACAUCAAGGGGAAAUGGACUGGUGGUGCCAGGGCCGCACACCAUUGCCCAGCCUCACAGGCGCCAUGUGAAGCCAUAUUUGGCAGAUCACAGUGGCGUGGACUUCCACGGGGCAUUAGCGUUGCUUCCCCAAAGGUUAAGAAUUCAGACACCUUCAGGUGCGCGACAACCCGGGACCAUGCUGCCUCCCCAGGAAGAGAGCCCGUGCAGGGGCUCUCACAAAGGGUUCUCGUCCAUCACCGUCACGGCCAGGCGUGUGGGUCCCCCGGCUGGCACUGUGCUGUGGAAGAGCUCAGAAGACCCACUGUGCACCCAGUGCGGGGCCGGGGAUGCCCUGCUCACGGUCCCCCCUGCUCCGACCCGUGGUGCAGAGCCAGGAGGGUCUCGCAGACUGUUUGCAUGCACAGAGUUCUCCAGCAAGGGCUCUGUGAUGCAGCUGAAGGUCCCUGAGGCCCACCCGUGGCUGUGGGAGGGACACGAGUACUGGGUCACUAAUGGGGAUGGGAGAGAGAACAGCUUUUCUCCAGGCAGCUCGCCCCCGGAGAAGGGUCCGCUGCUGUUCAGCUCCUGUGUCCACCUCCGAGUUUCUCAGCCAUGUCCGAAUUCCAUCUACUAUCUGGACAAGUCGCUCUCUGUCCCCAUCCCGCCACCUCCAGUUGCCAGCCCCAAAGUGCACAGAGCCUUCCUGUCCCUCAACCUAAGUUGCCGUUCCCACAGAUCAACACCAGAUGGCGUCGGCGGCCUGGCUAAUGGGGAGCCAAUGAGCAGUGCCCGGAGGCCCAAGUCCACGGAGCUAGAGCAGAGUGGUCUAGGCCCAGGCUGGGCUCCUGGGCUGCGGGACAGCUGCUGGGAGCAAAGCCCGGCAUUGGCGCGGGCGCGUGUGGGGAACCGCACGUGUUCUUGGAGCAGCUCGCCGGCCUUGGGAAAUACAGGACUUGCCGGCGUGGAAACAGACCACGGCACCGUAAGAAAGGGGACAGGAGACCACGGGACUGGUUACCACGCUGGCAGCCACGCCGACCAGCUGACCAUCCACAUCCCUGGCUGGAGCUACACGGCAGUAGAAACAGAAGUAUUUUCUGGAAGCAGCAAGAAGCAACAAGGAGAGCCACAUAUGACUCUGUCUGCUCCCCCAGUGGAACAGAAGCACGUUAAAGAUUGCCUUCGGGAGGGAGAUAGCUCUCUAAAAGAUGCCUGUCAGUCUAGCGCCCUCUCUGGGCCCACAGAGAGUCAGCAUCCAAGCUGCCUGGGACCCAGAGCCCCUCUGGCUGGGUCUCUGUGCCCCUUAGAAGAUGUGAGCACACCUCUGCAGGAUGACAGCAGUGCUCAGAUACUGAGAGAGCCCCACACAGGAGAUGAUGCAUGCUGUGACGUGGUGGUGAAAAUAAAAGAAUGCAAGAAGAACAGAGACGUGACCACAGCCCAGCCCUCACCAGGUGCCCCAGAGACAGCUCCUCCAGAGAAGCCAGGCACCCUAGACCUGCUGGGAGACUGCUCUGAGACACAGGCAACACCUGCCAGCAGCCUGACCUUACAGGAAGCUCUGGAAGUCCGUAAACCGCAGUUCAUCGCUCGCUCCCAAGAGCGGCUAAGGAAGCUGGAGCGCAUGGUGCAGCAGAGGAAAGCUCAGCGGGCCGAGGAGCCGGGCCCGAAGCAGGGCGUCCUGCCCAUGCGAGCCCACAAGAAGCAGUUCACCGUCCCCCAUCCCUUGAGUGAUAACUUGUUCAAGCCUAAAGAAAGGUGCAUUUCAGAGAAGGAGAUGUACACGCGGUCUAAAAGAAUCUAUAAUAACUUGCCGGAAGUGAAAAAGAAGAAAGAAGAACAGAAGAAAAGGGUGGUCUUACAAAGUAACAGACUCCGCGCUGAAGUCUUCAAAAAGCAAGUGCUGCACCAACUCCUGCAGAGGAACGCAGUCUGA